CAGGCUCGCGUUGCUGCUUCCCCGGACUUUUGCAAGCGGCGAGGCGGGCCUGCAGGCUGGAGCUGCAGCGUCUUCGACCAUCUCUUCGUUGUCCUCGCCUGCCGGCCGGGUGAGGCCAGGCCCGCGCGAAGGGCAGGCGGUCGCUGCCUCAGGCGGAGGCGGAGGUGCGGCGUGGGGUGGGGGCCGCUGCCUUCGCAGGCGCCCGGGCCGGCCCGCGCCUCUGCAACGUGCUCCAUGCAUCCGGAGCCCGCCCCGCCCCCGAGCAGCAACAGCCCCCAGCUUCCCCUAAACGGCGGCAGCAGCAACAGCGGCAGCCGCCGGAGCCGGCGCCGCAGCGGGGACGGGGAGCCCCCGGGGUCGUCGCAGCCGCCGCCGCCCCCACCGCCACCGCCUCCUGCCGUCACCUACCCGGACUGGAUCGGCCAGAGUUACUCCGAGGUGAUGAGCCUCAACGAGCACUCGAUGCAGGCGCUGUCCUGGCGCAAGCUCUACUUGAGCCGCGCCAAGCUCAAAGCCUCCAGCCGGACCUCGGCUCUGCUCUCCGGCUUCGCUAUGGUGGCGAUGGUGGAGGUGCAGCUGGACGCUGACCACGACUACCCGCCGGGGCUGCUCAUUGCCUUCAGUGCCUGCACCACGGUACUGGUGGCCGUGCACCUGUUUGCGCUCAUGAUCAGCACCUGCAUCCUGCCCAACAUCGAGGCCGUGAGCAACGUGCACAACCUCAACUCAGUGAAGGAGUCGCCCCACGAGCGCAUGCACCGCCACAUCGAGCUGGCCUGGGCCUUCUCCACUGUCAUCGGCACGCUGCUGUUCCUGGCCGAGGUUGUGCUGCUCUGCUGGGUCAAGUUCUUGCCCCUCAAGAGGCAGCCGGGCCAGCCGCAGCCCACCAGCAAGCCCCCAGACGACGGCGCGGCCGCCAAUGUCAGCAGCAGUGGCAUCACCCCGGGCCAGGCCGCCGCCAUCGCCUCUACCACCAUCAUGGUGCCCUUCGGCCUGGUCUUUAUUGUCUUUGCUGUCCACUUCUACCGCUCACUGGUCAGCCAUAAGACGGACCGACAGUUCCAGGAGCUCAACGAGCUGGCUGAGUUCGCGCGCUUGCAGGACCAGCUGGACCACAGAGGGGACCACCCGCUGACACCUGGCAGCCACUAUGCCUAAGCCCUCAGUCUGGGCACCUCAAAGCUUUGGCCUUACGCCCUUCCCCAUGACCUUGUCCUGCCCCAGCCUCAAGGACAGCCUGCACAGGGGGCUGAGUUUUCAUCAGGGGGCAGAGAGUGGAGGGAAGAGGCUUUUUUUUAAGAGAACUUACUGCACUUUGAAACUUUCCUCUAUGAGAAUAAGCACUUCCGGUUUUCCAGCUCCAGGUUUGCCUCCUGCUAGGAGGCCCCCAGUGGGAGCCAGAGCUGGGACAAACACUCCCUUUGUCCCUCCUCCUCCCCCACGCCAGUGCCACCUGGACGCCUCCUGUCCUUUCCAUCUUGGGCCCCCCUCCCCGUCGAGUGUGUACGCGCGCGUGUGUGUGUGUGAACACAUAAACGUACUCAUAAGGGA